GAGGCGGGAGGAAGCCCAGCCUGACGUCAGGAAACUUUCUCGGUGGCUGAGCCGGGAGCUCGCGGAGCCGCUUCUCUCCCUGGGUGUCUCGCAGGGGCUGGCCCCGGCUGCCACCCUCCAUCACUCCGCAAGUCACAGAUGCAGAAUGCAGCUUGUCUCAAAGACAGUGCCAGUAGAUGAGACAGACGCUUCUUGGAAUGAUCCCCACUGAGCUUUGGCACUUGUAACAUGCAUUGAAAGCUACAAAGCAGAAACGAUAAAAGUUGAAAGAUGUUGACAAAUGAGUGAUAUGCGAGCAAGUGUCUGUCGUGCCCCUGGCCGAAAAAAUUGAAAAUACUAGGGUUGAAGUGCCACCAAACAGAAAACAUAUUUGACUGGCUGAUUCUCAACAUGAACCGUGCUUUCAGCAGAAAGAAAGACAAAACAUGGAUGCACACUCCUGAGGCUUUAUCAAAGCAUUAUAUUCCCUACAAUGCAAAGUUUCUUGGCAGUACAGAAGUGAGCAGCCCCAAAGGUACAGAAGUUGUGAGAGAUGCUGUUAGAAAACUAAAGUUUGCAAGACAUAUCAAGAAAUCUGAAGGCCAGAAAACCCCAAAAGUUGAAUUACAAAUCUCAAUUUAUGGUGUAAAAAUUCUAGAUCCAAAAACAAAGGAAGUCCAGCACAAUUGCCAGCUUCAUAGGAUAUCAUUUUGUGCUGAUGAUAAAACUGACAAGAGGAUAUUUACCUUCAUAUGCAAAGAUUCUGAGUCAAAUAAACACUUGUGCUAUGUAUUUGACAGUGAAAAGUGUGCUGAAGAAAUAACUUUAACAAUUGGUCAAGCAUUUGACCUGGCUUACAGGAAAUUUCUGGAAUCUGGAGGAAAAGAUGUUGAAACAAGAAAACAGAUUGCAGGGUUACAGAAAAGAAUUCAAGAACUAGAAACUGAAAAUAUAGAACUGAAAAAUAAGGUACAAGAUUUGGAGAACCAGUUAAGAAUAAAUCAAAUACAUACAUCUCCAGCAGGCAGUGUGACACCUAAAUCACCCUCCACUGACAUCUUUGAUAUGGUUCCCUUUUCUCCCAUAUCCCCUCAGUCAUCAACACCUACUCGCAAUGGCACACAGCCUCCUCCAGUACCCAGUAGAUCUGCAGAGAUCAAGAGAGACCUUUUUGGAGCAGAACCAUUUGACCCUUUUAGCUGUGGAGCAGGAGAUUUCCCUCCAGACAUUCAGUCCAAACUAGAUGAGAUGCAGGAGGGGUUCAAAAUGGGACUAACUCUUGAAGGCACAGUAUUUUGUCUGGACCCACUAGACAGCAGGUGCUGAUGCCAAGACCAGAAAUUUAGAAAUUCAUAUACAAUCCUCUAUUUUGAAUUCAGAACAAGUAUUAUAGAUGUUAUUCAUGUGCCAAAAAUUAUAUUUUUAAACAUGUUAACUCUUGUGAAGUUUGCUUCUGUAAAACUCCAACUUAGGUUCCCUGUACAAAUGUAAAAAGUCACACUUGUAUAUGAAAUAUGAAUUAAAUUACACUGUUGUAUUUCUCGCUCUCAUACUUGGACAGACAUUUGCAAUACCUAAUGAGUAUUCACUUUAAGCUGGGAAAGUUCUUUAAUGAACUCAUAGAUACCUCUUUCUGUUGGAAGACAAUAUAAUUUUUGCAUAAUAUUUGAGUAGUGACAUUUUAAAAUUAAUCGUCUCAAGCCACUAUUUAAUUCCAGGUCAAUAGGAUGAUUAUUGUACAAUAAAAACUUUAAGUACCAAUUAAGGAAGUAAACCAUACUGAAAAUUAGUAUGUACAUAACAGAUAAAUCUGGAUGCCAUGUAAUUAAUUCCAGUUAACUGUACACAAUCACUAUACUAUAUGAAUAAUGUUAUUGUUAGCCCAUUGCAUCUGAAAUAUUUUAGGCCUUUAAUUCACAUUUUAAAAAGUAAAUCUAUCAGAUUAAUUGUCAAUAUGCUAGCUAAUGUUUGAUAAGUGCACUAGGGAGGGCUAGUAUACAUGUGGCCGUUGUUUUGUAAAAUGGACAAACUUAAUGCUAUGCAUUUCUGGUUUGAUGUUUUACAGCUAAGCUAGUUGCACAUAUUGUAUGAUGUUUGUAAUUUGGAAUUCAUUACAUGACAGCUAUAUUUAAUGUUCUGAAAACUAAGAGCUCCAUGCUAAGGAACAUGUAGUAACCCCACUGCAUUCACUGGGACUACUCGUGUGUAAAGGUACCCGCAUGCUAACGUGUUUGCAGGUGUGGGGCCUUCAAAUGUUGAGAAACACUGUAGUGUUACUGUUAAAUGUCACACUCCAACUCUACAGCUUAUAGCAACAACUCAGUGCAAACUAAUAAUGAAACCUUAAAUACCAUAAAUAGGUCACAUAACAGAGCUAGAUUAAAAAUAUCUUGCAUUGUGAUGAAUAAUCACACACACAAAAUAUUGCUGCUGGGUGUUAGUAUAUUGUUGACUUGUCUAUGCAUACUUUUCACUAAUCUUUAACAUAAACAGUAAGUGAAUGUUUGCAUUCAACCAUGAAGUUGUUCCUUAAUGUGUAUACUUUGCCGUGAUUUUGUUCAGUGUGUACCAUGUCCAAAUUUUAUGUUAAGGAUAUUCCCUUCCAUCCAUAAAAACCCUCAUUAACUCCCCCCUCCUCAUUAACAACACGCAUAAGUAGAAAAAGAACUUUCAGGGGAUUUUUAGUAGGGUUCGUUGGGGUCUUUUUUUUCCCCAAAAAGACUUACUUUUUUUGGUACAUUAUUUCUCAUGAAAUGUUGCUUUUGAGCUUAUUGUCUUAAGGUUUAAACAGAAAAAAAUGCAUUUAUGCAAUAUUACAUUUAAGCAUAUAUGCUUAGGCCCUGAUUCAGCAAAGUACUUAAGCACGUAUGUAAUGUUAAGGAUAAGAGUAGUUCCAUUAGCAUCAAUGGAGGAUACUCGUUUGCUUGAAGUUAGGCAUGUGCUUAAGUAACUUGCUGAACUGGUAUCUUAAUGUUAAACUUUAUUUAAGUCUUCCUUUCUUAUUCUUUGCUCAACAUUCAUAUACCUGCACACACACGCGCGC